GCAAUUGCGCUGCCCAUCCCGCCCGGACGAACUCUCUCACUCGUCAGGAGAGUAGAUAGAGCGAAACCCUAGAGAGAGAGGAAGACGAAGAAGAAGGAGAAGAAGAAGAGGAAGAAAUUCAAGUUCAGAGCCUUUGGAGCCCUGGAAAUGGAUAGGGUUUCCGAGAAGGAGAAAUCAAGCAAGCGUUCUAGAGAAGAACGCGAUCGAGACCACAAGCAUCGAAGUCGGGAUACCGAGGAUAAGCAUUUAUCCAAGGAUGAAAAGCAUCGUGAAUCCGAUCGCCACCAUCGCCGGCGACACCAUCGAUCGGACCGUGAUUCGAAGCGUGAGCGUUCGCAUGAGCCUCGUGAACACAAACAUCGGCGUGAUAUGUCUCCUGAUGAGCGUGAAAGCUCCCAAGACCGCGAUUUUAAGCGGGAAAGGUCUUAUGAACUUAGGGAGGAGAGAGAAAGAAGUAGGGAUAGGGAUUCGUCUAAGCGAGAGAAGUCGAAUGAACCGAGAGGAUUGAGAGAAGGCAGCGAAGAGCGUGGCAAGCUGCGUGAGGUGAGGCGCGAGGAAUCAGACAAUGAGCAUGAACGGGAAGGGUCGUUCGAGCCUAUUCAAAAUUCCGUACGUCCAAACAAGAGGAAGGAGAGGGGAGGAAGUGAGGAUAGAUUUGAUGGUGGGGAGAAGAGGGCCAGGGCUUCGGAAGUUGGGAAUGAAGUGAAUGGAGCUGAGAUGGAUGAGAAAAAGGAGCGGAGGAGAUUUGCUGACGGUGAGAAAGACGAAGGAGCAAACUUGAGUGGUCGGGGAAGGAGGGACAGGAAGCGGUUUGAGGAUCGAGGGAAGGAAGAAGAUAAUGGUGGAAAUGUUGAUGAGAAGCAUGGGAAAGUGAAUGAAUACAAGUCCAAAGGAGACGUUGGGGAUGGGAAAGUUCAGUUUGGAGGCACCACCGAUGAAAAAAGGUCACUGGGGAAUGGAUCUAUGGUGGAACCUACCGAUAUGCCAUCAGCAAGUGUGCCCCAGAAUUUGUUACAUCCUAGUCAUUCCCUUCCUAUCAAGGUAUCUUCAAUUUCUACCACAAAUGAAAAUAGGGGAGUUAGUAUUACCAGAUCUCAUGAGGUUCAUGGAAAAUCUAGUACAGAUGGGACAUCCUCAACUGCUGGGAAAAGUGGAAAUCUCUCUCUUGAUGCUUUAGCAAAAGCUAAGAAAGCUUUACAGAUGCAGAAAGAAUUGGCGGAGAAGUUGAAGAGAAUUCCCCUGAUGAAGAAGGUUGGGGGUUCAAGUUCUGCUAAUAGCUCAGUUGUGAAAUUGGAGGAGAAAGCUAAACCUCCCAGUGGUAUAUUGGGUCCACUGUCAACUACCAAUGAUGCUACAACUCUUUCAACUGGGGUAGUGUCUAGUUCGUCGACAUUACCUUCUGCUGCCAAUGCUCUUGAUGGUGGUAUUAAUGUUCCGGCUGGCCUUACCUCUAUACCCCAUAUUGAAGCUGUUAAGCGUGCUCAGGAGCUCGCUGCCAGGAUGGGAUUUCGCCAGGAUCCAGAGUUUGCUCCUCUUAUAAAUUUGUUUCCAGGGAAUGUAGCAACUGACGUUGCUGUUCCACAGAAACCAACCAAGGCCCCUGUUCUUCGUCUUGAUGCACUUGGUAGGGAAAUUGACGAACAAGGAAAUGUAGUCAAUAUAACCAAACCCAGCAACCUUAGCACUCUUAAGGUUAACAUCAACAAACAAAAAAAGGAUGCAUUUCAGAUUCUUAAACCUGAACUUGAUGUGGAUCCAGAUUCAAACCCUCAUUUUGAUGAGAGAAUGGGUAUAAAUAAAACUAAACUGCUGAGGCCAAAGAGAAUGAGUUUCCAGUUCGUUGAGGAAGGGAAAUGGUCGAAGGAGGCUGAAACCUUAAAAUUGAGGAGUAAAUUUGGAGAGGCACAAGCGAAAGAACGAAGAGAAAAGCAGGCACAGUUGGCCAAGGCAAAGGCUGCACCUGAUAUAAAUCCAAAUUUGAUCGAGGUUUCAGAGAGAGUGGUGAAGGAAAAAACAAAAGACCCAAUUCCUGAAAUUGAGUGGUGGGAUGUCCCGCUUUUGCAAUCCGGUGCGUACAAGGAUUUGGGAGAUGGUUUUGUGGCCGAUGACAAAUUGAGAAAGGACAAGAUUACCAUAUACGUGGAGCAUCCUCGUCCUAUUGAACCUCCUGCCGAGCCAGCUCUCCCCCCUCCUCAACCCCUAAAGCUAACAAAGAAGGAGCAGAAGAAACUCCGUACACAGCGUCGUCUAGCAAAGGAGAAAGAUAGACAGGAAAUGAUUAGACAAGGCCUGAUAGAACCACCUAAACCGAAAGUUAAAAUGAGCAAUUUAAUGAAAGUUCUUGGCUCAGAAGCAACCCAAGAUCCUACUAAACUUGAGAAAGAGAUUCGUGCUGCAGCUGCUGAGAGGGAGCAAGCUCACAUAGAUCGAAAUAUUGCACGAAAACUCACCCCUGCAGAGCGCCGUGAGAAGAAAGAACGUAAACUAUUUGACGAUUCAAAUUCACUCGAGACAUUUGUGUCUGUUUACAAGAUCAACGAUCUAUCACACCCCCAGGCCCGGUUUAAAGUUGACGUUAAUGCUAGAGAGAACCGAUUGACAGGGUGUGCUGUGAUAUGCGAUGGCAUCAGUGUUCUGGUCGUUGAAGGGGGUAGCAAGUCCAUCAAGAGGUACGCAAAACUUAUGCUCAGGCGUAUAAAUUGGGCUGCUUCUGUGAAAGAGGAGGAAGAGGAGGAAAAUGACGAUAAACCCCUUAACAAAUGUUCCUUGGUAUGGCAAGGAAGUGUUGCCAAAUCUAGCUUCAAUAGAUUUUCCAUCCAGGAGUGCAUGACUGAGGCAGCUGCUAGGAAGAUUUUCGCUGAUGCCGGUGUCGGUCAUUACUGGGAUUUUGCUAUUAACUUCUCCGACGAUCAAUUAUAAUUCAACUUCUGCACUGUUAGUUGAUGCGAAUUGCUGAUGAUUUACUUCAGGUCAAGAAGCAAGAAAUGCAGAAAUGUUAAAAGCCUAUAUAUCAUCACGGUAUUGCCGGUCUUACUUGUUUCUAUUAAUUGGUUAGGUGGGAAGAUUUCAUUAUGUUCCAGCUCACUUUUUCCACAAGUUCCUGGGAAUUUUUCGGAUUUCAUGAGUUGCAACCAACAUCAUCUGUAUGGGAAAUAUGUUUGUAGUAGUUGGUGAUCAGUUGGUAUCGCCCAAGACCACCAUCUUCAAGAAACGGGUAUUGUGUCCAAUAUUCGUCUUAUAGUCUUCAUUUCCUUGUAGUUUUAUAGAAUCUAGAGUUGUGUUUCUUUCUCUUUUCUCCACCCUUCAUAAGUGAGGAAUGUUUGACAAAUCCACUCGGUUGGGUAGUUAAAUGAAGGAAGGUGGCUUUAAAUAACUUUCUACUCAAACAAAGAGGUACCCUUUUUACUAAUUAAUUUCCGCACGGUUAUUGUGAAAACUCUAUACUGGUUCUUCCUUGUUUUAUCUUCUUGUUUCUUCUCAAUUGUAGGUUCAUAGGAGAUUUGAACCCAUGGCGAAAAAGCUCUGACCAAUUGAAUUUCAUCGGUUGAGUUUGUGAUUAAGGGUGAGUGAGUUUGAUAAUAUCCAUUCCCACAAAUGUCUUUUCAUUUUAGUAAAAUUUUACACCAUUUCCUGGAUUUUCAAAUGAUUAUAGUAAUAAACACAUUCUAGUUGAAGGUGUUUUGUAGUA